UUUGUUAUCUUUGGCUUUGAUAAAGCAACUCAAAACGGCAUAUGAGGCAUUUGGUGAAGGUUGUAGAGGGUCACAAUGACAAUGAGCAUUAUGUCUAGCUUGAUUAUAGAACUUGUCCUAGCUCCUUUACAACCUCAAAAAUCCCAAAAGAUUAUAUAACUAAAGAAAUAAGAGCUAUAUUCAUCUUCAACUUUUUCCACACAAAAAAAAAAAAAAAAAAAAAAAAGACUAAUUUGUGGAUUGUGUAAAGGAAGUGAAGAUCAUCAUAUCAUCAAUUGCACAAAUAAAGAGGCUUUUGUUGUAUGCUGAGAGGAACCAAAGAUAAUGCUCUUUCAUCUUCUGCUAUACUCAAUUUUUUUCUUUUUCUUCAGUUACUAAAGUUACAAGAGCAGUGCAAAAUAUUUCAAGUUUUGCAAGUCAGGAACUCUUUGAGGAGUUGCGUCAAUGGGUUCACAAGCUGCCCCGAAGGAGGACUACAAGUUGAAGGACACGAAACCGCAGCUUGGGGAGAGAUGGCCGCACGGAGGAUUACGUGGUGGAGGAGGGUGGAUCAGCAGCGAAAGAGCUACGAGCACUUAUGAUCUCGUCGAGCAGAUGUUCUAUCUCUAUGUCCGAGUAGUGAAAGCUAAGAAUCUCCCUACCAACCCUGUUACAGGAAACUGUGACCCCUACGUAGAAGUGAAGCUUGGAAACUACAAGGGGAAAACAAAGCACUUUGAAAAGAAAACGAACCCCGAAUGGAACCAGGUCUUUGCUUUCUCGAAGGAGAAGAUUCAAUCAUCCGUUGUGGAAGUCUAUGUCAGAGAUAGAGAAAUGGUGUCAAGAGAUGAUUACAUAGGGAAAGUGGUCUUUGACAUGAAUGAAGUGCCAACUAGAGUCCCACCAGAUAGUCCCUUGGCGCCUCAAUGGUAUAGAUUAGAGGACAGGCACAGUGACGCCAAGGUUAGAGGAGAAGUUAUGCUUGCAGUUUGGAUGGGAACACAAGCUGACGAGGCAUUCCCUGAGGCCUGGCACUCCGAUGCGGCCUCGGUUCAUGGUGAGGGGGUUUACAAUAUCCGAUCAAAGGUUUAUGUCUCACCAAAACUGUGGUAUCUCAGAGUCAAUGUAAUUGAAGCUCAGGAUGUUGAACCGAGAGACAGAAGCCAACCGCCUCAGGCUUUUGUCAAGGCCCAAGUUGGAAACCAGGUUCUCAAAACGAAGCUCUGCCAAACAAAAACCACCAAUCCAAUGUGGAAUGAAGACUUGCUCUUUGUGGCAGCUGAACCUUUUGAAGAACAUCUGGUUCUCACAGUUGAGAACAAAAUAGGCGCCGCGAAAGACGAAGAAAUGGGAAAGAUAACCUUGUCUCUCAACAUCUUCGAGAGGAGGUUGGAUCACAGGCCGGUCCAUUCUCGUUGGUUUAACUUGGAAAGAUUUGGUUUUGGCGUUUUGGAGGGUGAUAAGAGGCAUGAGCUAAAGUUCUCUAGCAGAAUUCAUCUGAGAGUAUGUCUUGAAGGUGCUUACCAUGUACUGGAUGAAUCAACUAUGUAUAUAAGCGAUGUAAGGCCGACCGCAAGGCAGCUGUGGAAGCAGCCAAUUGGGAUUCUUGAAGUCGGUAUCUUGAGUGCACAAGGGCUUCUUCCGAUGAAGACAAAGGACGGUAGAGGAACUACAGAUGCUUAUUGUGUGGCUAAAUAUGGGCAGAAAUGGGUCAGAACAAGAACAAUCACUGAGAGCUUCAACCCCAAGUGGAAUGAGCAGUACACAUGGGAGGUUUACGACCCUUGCACGGUGAUCACAUUGGGAGUUUUCGACAACUGCCAUCUCGGUGGGAAUGACAAACCAGCAGACUCGAGAAUCGGCAAGGUAAGAAUCCGUUUGUCAACCCUUGAGAUGGAUAGGAUUUACACCAACUCUUAUCCACUUCUUGUUCUGCAACCAUCUGGGUUGAAGAAGAUGGGCGAGCUUCAAUUAGCCGUUCGAUUCACAUGUCUGUCCUUGGCAAACAUAAUCUACCUUUAUGGUCACCCUUUAUUGCCCAAAAUGCAUUACCUGCAUCCAUUCACAGUAAACCAGUUAGACAGUUUGAGGUACCAAGCAAUGACCAUUGUGGCGGUGAGCCUUGGCAGAGCUGACCCGCCAUUAAGAAAAGAGGUUGUGGAGUACAUGCUCGAUGUGGAUUCUCACAUGUGGAGCAUGAGAAGAAGCAAAGCAAACUUCUUUAGAAUUGUCUCACUCUUCUCUGGUGUGAUCUCUAUGAGCAAGUGGCUUGGUGAAGUGUGUCACUGGAAGAACCCGGUCACAACAAUUUUGGUUCAUGUUCUGUUCUUCAUACUUAUCUGCUACCCUGAAUUGAUCCUCCCAACAAUCUUCCUCUACAUGUUCCUCAUUGGAAUAUGGAAUUUCCGGUUCCGGCCAAGGCAUCCUCCUCACAUGGACACCAAGCUCUCAUGGGCAGAGGCCGUUCAUCCAGAUGAGCUUGAUGAGGAGUUUGACACUUUCCCUACUUCAAAGCUCCAAGAUGUGGUGAGGAUGCGCUACGACAGGCUUCGAAGUGUUGCCGGGAGGAUUCAGACAGUGGUCGGAGAUAUUGCAACUCAGGGGGAGAGAUUCCAGGCUCUGCUUAGUUGGAGAGACCCAAGAGCAACAAGUAUGUUCGUUAUCUUCUGUCUGAUUGUUGCUGUGCUUCUCUAUGUGACGCCAUUUCAGAUGAUUGCUCUGCUUGCAGGCAUAUUUUGGCUGCGUCAUCCAAGAUUUCGGAGUAAGCUGCCUUCUGUUCCAAGUAACUUCUUCAGAAGAUUGCCUUCUUGUGCCGAUAGCAUGCUCUGAGAAGGCUUUGGAGUCGUUUAUUCCAAGUCCUUUUAUCUUUGUUGAGUUUGAUAUUGGGGUCAUUUUUCUAUUUUCUAGUAUUUGUUU